UAUUGCCACCCAGUUACAGGUACAAAUUAUCUGUCAGCCGCAAAACAUCGAGCGAGUCUCCUGUUUAUACUUUGUUACCGAAUCUACGUUUUGGAUCUACGUUCUUCACACCACUUAUUCUCAUGUCUCUUUCAUCAUUGGUUAUGGAGAUCCUCAUAGAGCCAGCGACAUUUCCCCGUGACGAGAACGCAAUACAAUCUUUGUUUUCCCGAUAUGCUGCCUCGCUCAGUAUCGACCUGAAGUUUCAGAAAUUCCAAAAAGAGCUCGAUUCUCUACCUGGAAAAUACGCCGAACCUCAAGGCGGCGUGCUCUUAUUAGCGCGACCAAUAGGUGACAGAAGUCUCACUGCCCUUGGAUGUGUCGCCCUCCGCCGCGAUUUAGAUGGCUGGUGUGAAAUGAAGCGCCUUUAUGUGGCCGAGGAAGCGCGCGGAACAAAACUUGGUAGCAGACUCGUGGAAGCGAUCAUGUCAAAGGCGAAAGAAUUGGGGUAUCGGGGCAUUCGUCUUGAUUCACUGCCCGAGAUGAGAGCGGCACAGAAUCUUUAUCGCAAGUACGGGUUUACAGAGAUCCCACCAUACUAUAAUACUCCGAUUGUUGGUACAGUUUUUAUGGGUCGCGAGCUCUAGCAUGGAAAUUUCAAGGAGAAUGUUGUGUUACCGUGUAUCUGAAUAGUUGAUGCAAUCAAUGUCAAAUGUAUAGUGUAAUGGUGGAUCCAGUGACACCACUUAGCUUGGUUGUCUCUCUAUUUGGCUGUCUGUUUGUCAGGUUUGUUUUGAUGGAUUUCAGCGGAAAUUUUAUGCUUUGGAUCGGGAAAGUGGGAAAGUGGGAAAGUGAAGAGAUAUAGAACCUACGACAGCAAGUGAAUUGGCAGGGGCCUGUUUUUCUCAAUGAAGUGUUUCUUUGUUCAAUUCUUCAACUCAACCAGCAUAUACACUGUUGGUAUACUGUUUACCAACCGUGCGAUUCCAUCCACGGUAGUUUCGCUGCUGGGGCUGUUUUUUGCUUCAGCCUACACCUCUCUCUCUUGCUCUUUCCUGUGCCCCGACUUGCUGUGCCGACCGGGCUACCUUCAGCUUCCCAACUUCAAUAGGUAUGGCUGAAAUUUACAUUCUUAUUUCUGUUGACUGAUUUAAAAUUUGCUUGUG